AUGCGCAGCCUCACUCUGGCUGCAUCACUGCUAGCCGUCGCUACAGUCGCAGCUCAGACACAACAGCAACCAUUCUCUUUACCGUCCACUUCCCAAAACCGCAUCACUUUCGCUUCCGCCUCCUCUUCGACCUGUUCACCGGCUACAUUUUCCGGUCAAAGAGUCGUCCGAUUCACCACCACUUCCCCCCAACAGCACCGGUCCCUCAUCCAUGAGGCGCAAGGUUGGGGGCUAGACAUCUGGGCGGCUCGUCUAGGUGCGGCUUGCGGAGAAGGACAAGAGGGUGGAUAUGGAUGUGUUGAUAUACGCUUGGCGUUGAAUGGUCAUAAUGAGGAUCCUUCUGUCGAUUCAAUGCGCGUCGGUUCCGAGGAAUUGAUCCAACGUUUGUUGGAGCCUUUCGUGCGGGAAGGGAGGCCCAAGGUGAUGACGAUGAUUGAGGAUCUGGGAGAACUGGUGGAUUCGCAGCGCAGACCGACGGUGGAGGGAAAGAGAGGGGAUAUGGUGGAGUGGGUGAUGAAGAGUCAAGCGUGGCACAAAGACUAUCACACAUACGAAGAGAUCACGGAGUAUAUGAACAUGUUGGAACAAAGCUAUCCUACGCAUGCACAAGUGGUGGAGAUUGGAAAAACGUAUGAAGGAAGAGCGAUUUUGGGGUUGAAGCUUUCGAAUAACCUCACCACCGAGGCUCAACCAUCGUCGAACGCAGAACAGCAACCUCUAUCCAACCGGGAUCCGCUCGCCGAUGCACCACAUAAUGCUACUUGCCUCACCACGGCAGGAAAGCUAGGAAUUGUAAUUACAGCAGCUCAACAUGCUCGAGAAUGGAUUUCCACUUCCACGUCUCUCUUCUUCGCUUCAGACCUCCUCUCUGCUGCUCUUGGUCCGCCCGACCCACCUUUCAACACCACUCACCACUUGCAAGACUUGAUCACGAUGAAGAAGAAGAAAAACCGCAAAGGCAAGAAAGGGAAAAAAGGGAAAAAAGGGAAAAAACAUGCCCAAACAUGGACCAAAUCCUCAGCCCGAGCGAUUCUCUCGACCUUUUCCAUCACCAUCAUCCCCAUCUCCAACCCGGAUGGCUAUGUCUACUCCUGGACUAAAAACCGAAUGUGGCGUAAAAACCGUCAACCAAACCACUUCCCCCCCGAUCUUUUCUGCAAAGGUAUCGACCUGAACCGCAACUACGACUUUGCUUUUUCUCCCACCUCCCCCUCCUCCUCCUCCUCCCCCUGUUCCGAAACCUACGCCGGCCCAAGCGCUUUUUCUUCCCAGGAAGCCAAAGCUAUUGCAAACUAUCUCGAAAGCGAAACUAACAACAUCAGAGGCUACUUUGAUUUGCAUUCCUACGGACAAUUGCUCAUGUACCCCUACUCGUACGACUGUAAGCGGGCCGUACCGGACGAAGAAGACUUGCUGGAGAUGAGUCUAGGCGCAGUAGCAGCAUUGAGGCGUGUACACGGGGAGAGGUUUACAACAGGUAAGAUCUGUAGUGUCUAUGCUCCCGGAGGUGGCAACAGUGUCGAUUGGGCCUAUGCGAGUACGAGGAAAGUAGACCAAGGGGAGCAAGGAGGGAAGAACAAAAUAAAGUGGAGUUUCAGUGUCGAGUUAAGAGAUGGUGGUACUUAUGGAUUUUUGUUACCCAGCGAACAGAUUCUUCCCGCCAGUGAGGAGGCAACGGCAGCAUUGGCUUAUAUGUUGGCUUUUAUUGCUAAGAAGGAUUCCCGUUUGAGCUCAUCAAAGCCUUCUGUGUAA